ACCCGGAAGCGCUCGUGACCGCCAUUUCCGACCCGGGCAAGAUGGCAGCGGCGCGGUGCGUGCGUUGAGUAUCCGGCACGCCGGCCUGCAGGCGCCAUGGUCUUCCUCACUGCGCAGCUCUGGCUGCGGAAUCGCGUCACCGACCGCUACUUUCGGAUCCAGGAGGUGCUGAAGCACGCCAGGCACUUCCGGGGGAGGAAAAACCGGUGCUACAGGUUGGCGGUCAGAACCGUGAUUCGAGCCUUUGUGAAAUGCACCAAAGCCCGAUACCUGAAGAAGAAGAACAUGAGGACCCUCUGGAUUAAUCGAAUUACAGCUGCUAGCCAGGAACAUGGACUGAAGUAUCCAGCGCUCAUUGGCAAUUUAGUUAAGUGCCAGGUGGAGCUCAACAGGAAAGUCCUAGCGGAUCUGGCCAUCUACGAACCAAAGACUUUUAAGUCUUUGGCUGCCUUGGCCAAUAGGAGGCGACACGAAGGAUUUGCUGCUGCCUUGGGGGAUGGGAAGGAACCUGAAGGCAUUUUUUCCAGAGUGGUGCAGUACCACUGAGGACUGUUGCUGUGUUGAUUAGGAAAAGAUACAGAGUAAUUUGCAGUUUGUUUGAUUUGUACUUUUGUUUAGCUACAUCCCAAUAACAGACAUGAGGGAAGGCCCCGUCUCUCUGGGACAGAGCCUCACAGAUGAAGUCCUUGUUUUGUGUGAAUGAAACUCAAACACUCUUCA